CCGCGGAGGAAAGUGCGCGCGCGAGCAUUAGUGGAUGGCGCGGAGAGGAGCACGAGGCUGCUGCGUGCUGUAGCGCCCGCGGAGCGUCUCGCGCUGCUGCUGCUGUGUCUGUGUUGGGGAGGCGACAGUGGCACGAGGGGGCAGCUGGAGCCCCGCGCGCGCGCAGGCAUGGAGGCUCGAGCCGGUGUGACGUCGUGAUCGAUGGAGCUGCAGUGAGGAGGAGGAGGAGGAUGAUCUUCAUGCUCAGCGGCGCUGCUGUGGUGAUGGCCAUCGCGUGCUGCUUGGACAUGAACGCGCUGCUGGACCGCUUUCACAACUACAUCCUACCGCACGUGCGCGGGGCGGAUCGCGUGUGUCACUGCACCUGUGGCAGAGACCGGGUGCAGUACGUGAUCCCGUACGAAGGCUCCAGCUCGCUGGACAGGGAUGGGCCAUCAGGGGGCAGUAGUGUCACAAAGCAGGAAAUGGACCUGGUUCUGGGGCUGCUCCUGGGCUUUAUAUUCAGCUGGAUUCUGCUGUGGUUGGACGGAGUUCUUCACCGGGUUCUGCGGGCCUGGAGAUCCCGUCGACAGCAAGACGCGUGGCGAUCGUGGAAGUGGGUGACCCGCGUGUGUGACGUGAGGGAGCUGCACCGGCGGCUGCAGCUGCGCAGGCCGGACGACACGGGAGGAAACAACGUGGUGCAUAUCAAACAGAAACACUACCACAACGGACACCCGAGCCCUCGCAGACUCUAACACACUCACACACACCCACACACACUUACAAUACACACUAACAUUGCAACGGGUACCUGAGCAAGACGAAUCUACCUGCAGUUACAGACAAUAAUGUGGCUUCAGUGUUAGAAUCACACACUUACUGUGCUAAUUAAUGCUGCGUUCCAUUUCCCUCUAUUUAAAAUUCAAAAAGCUGAAAAUGAAAAUUUUCUUGAGUUCCUUGACAUUUCUGUUAAACAUUCCCAUAAUUUUAUCACAAAUAAAUAAACAUGAAGACUUGAUAGUUUACCACAUCUGUUUAACUGUUGGCUAAUUAAUGGCUAAUUCAGCCAAAAUAAAAAUGCAGCCACUCUUUUUAUGUCCCAGAUUAGCAUUGUUAGCAUUUAUAGCAAUGCAAUUUUUAUAACAAUGUGUCAGAAACAUGCUGAUAGAUAAAGGUCGGACAGACACUACUGUAGGUACGACUGAUCUAAUGAGACACAAAUAGAUUGAUAUACAGUGAUAACACUACUGUUUUACUACUGUAGAUGUGCAUUAGCAUCCAAUUUGACUUUCCAGUUGAAGUUUUUUUCUGGAAGCUAAUGCUGUGCUAAUGUUGAGCAGCAAUGCAAAAGCAUAACAGCCCUGCUGAAAACGGCUAGUUUAAGAUAGCACAAGCUGGAAUUGAAUUAAGGGUCAAGGUGGUCAAAAAGCUGCUCAAUACAGUCAUAAAUUUCCCCAAUUUAGAAGAUCAAUUAGACAAACUCUCACUAAAGCCCUAUCCAGACGGAAUAAGUCUCUAAGGGGGACGUCUGUCAAAUAUUUAAACUCAGAGAUGUGUGUCCGGGCGGGACUAAAAUUACUGGAGGACCACGGAGUUCAGAGAAAAACAGUAGAUAAUUCAGCCUGUAAUUUUCUCAGAGGACGAUAAAAGAGAGAAAACUACCCCAGAACCCCCUGAGAAACUAAUCCCAGGCUUAGGACUUUCCCAAAACACUAGCAGUGCUCCCAACAUCAGCUAACAGACGCCUGUGCUGACCAACAUCACCUUGGUAGUGAUGUAGGGAAGAGCGCCAUCUACCCACUCAGAGAGAGAGAGCACGGCCAAUUGUGCUCUCUCUGACUCCGGCUGCUGAUGACGAGCAGCAUGAACUGAUAUUCGAACCAGCGAAUGUUACGGUUAACGUUUUCAUGAUGUUCUUAGAUUUUUUUACUAACGUUGCUGCAACAUUACUUGAGUCAUUGUUUUAGUUUUUAGUUCCCGUAAUAUCACUUUUAAUGUUUCCAUAAUGUUAGUAGGCUGUUUAUCUAGCUGGAAACAUGUGUUUAAUAUUGUUGUUAUGGCUACCUUUAUUAUGUCGUCACACGUUUCCAUAACGUUCCUGGAACAUUUAUACUGUAACAUUACAGGCUGACUUUCUUGAAACCUUUUAAAACUCUAAGGAAAUGUUCUUCUAUCCUCUUCCGUUAGCUUGGAUAUUAGUAAGGCAUGGUCUAUCAGCAUGUCCAACUUAAAGCUUAACUUAAAUUUAGAUGAUCUUUCAAGCUGUUAAUGAGCUUAUAGUUCAGAAGAUCCAGGAACGUUUUAGAUAGAAAUAUAUCCAGAAAUAUGUGUGUGUUUAGCAUUUCUGUGAGAGAGUGUUAAUGUUGGUAGGGUUUCUAUAGGGAAAUAGGUUAAAUACCACUGGUCCAUACAACAGCUAGGGGGCGCUAAACUGAGGCCACUUAUACUGAAACUGCAGGGUUAGAACUGCUGCUGGCACACAAACACACACACACACAUACAUAAAUAUAUGUAUAUAUAUAUAUAUAUAUAUAUAUAUAUAUAUAUAUAUAUAUAUAUAUAUAUAUAUAUAUGUAUAUAUAUAUAUACAGCUCUGGAAAAAAAUAAGAGAGCACUUCAUUUUCUGAAUCAGUUUAUCUGUUUUAUUCUAUAAACUACAGACAACAUUUCUCUCAAAUUCCAAAUAUAAAUAUUGUCAUUUAGAGCAAUAAUUUGAAGAAAUUAACAAAAAAGAUGCAGAGCUUUCAAACCUUAAAUAAUGCAAAGAAAACAAGUUCAUGUUCAUAAAGUUUUAGAAGUUUUAAGAGAUUUAGAAGAUAAAUAUUUGGUGGAAUAAUCCUGGUUGGUUUUUAUUCACAGUUUUUUUUUCAUGCAUCUUGGCAUCAUGUUCUCCUCCACCAGUCUUACACACUGCUUUUGGAUAACUUUAUGCUGCUUUACUCCUGGUGUAAAAAUUGAAGCAGUUCAGUUUGGUUUGACGGUUUGUGAUCAUCCAUCUUCCUCUUGAUUAUAUUUGAUUUGGUAAAAUCAAAGAAACUCAUCCUUAUUUUUUAGUGGUCUCUUAUUUUUUGUUCCAGAGCUGUAUAUAUAAAUAUAUAUAUAUAAAUAUAUAUAUACAUAACGACCACAGCAGGCCACAGUGCCCACCUGUACACACAAACCCACGCAGACUCAACUCAGAGUCACUUACAGUGGGAGCUGCAGCCCACACUGGAAUACACACGAUCACACACACACACACACGUACACACUCAGCCCUGUGCUCACAGGCUGUGUGUAUUGUAACGACAGCAGGACUGAAGGCCUGGUGUAAAACAUCCAGCCUAGCAUCAGCAGCUCUCCGCUUCACUUCGAACAGGGACCGGACCCAACUUGCACUUUUUUCUGCCCGAGGUAUUAUUCCAUUUUUGAUGAUUAGAUGUUUAUUUUGCUUGCUAACGUCUGUUUUUACGAGUUUUGUGGGUAGUGUUAGUUUUGUACAGCCGGGGAUUGUGGGAGUUGUGGGUGGGGGUGGAGAUAUACGGACUCAGGAUUUGCAUUUUUGUAAAGGGUGGGGGAAUUUGUGUAUUAAGGGGAAACAUUUUGUGUCUAUUUUAGGAGUAAAUAAAAGAACUGCAUGCCCACAAAACAACUUUAGUACUGUGGUGCAGUUUCAACUGUUAAUGGUGCGACAAAAUAAAACACGGGGUAGAUAUCUUUGUGUGGCAUCAUCAGCAUGGGCAGGUUCCUCCUAGAUCUCUUGCUGUAAAUGGAUUUGUUGUACAUGGGUAUUCUAGAACCGUCUGAUGAAGUUCUGUUUGAUUUUUUUGUUUCUAUUUAUUAAUGACUGAUUUAUUUUUCAGUAAAAUCAUGUGUUGUUGUGGGAUAACAAAUGUCUGCAUCUAAAAAGCUGUUAAAGGAUGAUUCUAGUUUAAGCUGGAGGAGAAACGCCUCCUCUUCGUUUCCAGACCGUCUAAAAACGGAGAUGUUCGUGAAGAUGUUUGUGUGUGUGUUUGAUUAAAAGGUGAUUAAAAGGAGAUGAACCGUAAAUCAA